AGAGGAGCAGGAACCGUGGCUAACAGUUUCUGUCAGGAUGGAAAGAUUCAAAGCAGUAAUAUUUGUCCUUCUGGUUUCAUGCAUCUGCAGGACUUUAGGACAGACAUGUGAAGGAAAGUGUGGGCAAAAAUUAGCCUCAUGUUCCUGCCACCCAACAUGCGCGUCUCUGAACGCCUGCUGUUCAGACUAUAAAGAGUACUGCGUGGAAAUCGUUCCAUAUUCCGGGUCCAUUUUGGGGGGGACAGAUUUUGUUGUCUUGGAUGCGAUUUUUAAUAACAGCGCCAAGAUUGUUUGCAGGUUUAACAAUAAUACAGACACUGAGGGGUAUGUGGAUGGGACCCGAGGCCAUUGUAUCUCCCCACUGUUGUAUGAAACUGGAUGGGUUCCUGUGCACAUCUCCUCAGAUAAUGGAAGUACAUUCAACAGAGUUGGAUCCUGGCUCUCAGUACAUACCGGCAAGUUAGAUGCUAAGUUUAAGGCGACACUGGUCAACUCAACUAAAUGGCAGUACUACGGCACACCUAAUGUUGGAGGCACUCUUGAGAUGACUUGGGAUACCGGCUUUGUGAGGGCAGAUAGGGUCAAUCUAGAGCUGUGGGGAUACAGGGAGACAGGAACACCCUAUUCUCCCACCUGGCAGGGUAAGUGGGAGUAUCUGUACUCGCUUUCAAAGGAUCAGCCCAACAAUGGUUUCUUCAGCUUUUCGCCCAAACCAGCAGACAGCUUUUCAAGCUGGGAGAUCGGCUCUGUGCGUGUCAGCUCCAGCAGCUACACUGACGGCAUGCCGAAUGUGCAGUCUGUGUGGACUGAAGAUCAUGCGCUCGCCUGGCAUCUGAAGGAGACGUUCAGGCAGGACUCGGCAGGUUGGGCGCUGGACAAAUGUUUAGCAUGGGACAAGCUGGAAGAUGAAAAGUUGGCUGACUUCCUCAGUGAGAUCAUAGACUGUCCCUGCACGCUGGCUCAAGCGAGAGCCGACACGGGGAGGUUUCAUACUGAUUAUGGCUGUGAUAUAGAUAAGGGGAGCGUGUGCACCUACCACCCUGGAAGUGCUCACUGUGUGAGGGCAAUACAAGCCAGUCCAAACUAUGCAGCUGGACAGCAGUGUUGCUAUGACAGCACCGGCGCUCAGGUCCUGACUGCAGACUCGAUUGGGGGUAGCACACCAGACCGGGGGCACGACUGGGGCUCACCUCCAUUCAAGAAUCCCCCUCGAAUUCCUGGACAGUCCCACUGGGUCUAUGACGUGAUCACCUUCUACUACUGCUGCCUGUGGUCUGACAACUGCCACUACUACUUCAAACACCGGCCCUCCAGCGACUGCAGGAGUUACGAGUCACCCAGCUCAGCUGUGGUGUUUGGAGACCCCCACUUCAUAACAUUUGAUGGUGUCAGCUACUCCUUCAAUGGCAAAGGGGAAUACACUUUGGUGAAGUCAACUGAUAAGAAACAGCUGACAAUCCAAGGAAGAACGGAGCCUGUGAAUGGAAAGGCAACAAAAUUGACGUCUGUAGCCAUGCAAGAAGCAUCCUCUGAUGUUAUUGAGGUGCGGCUGGCAGGAGGUCACUCCCGCCUCGAAGUGCUCCAGAAUCAAAAAAUCCUGUCCUUUACUGAGCAGAGCUGGAUGGACCUGCAUGGUGUGUUUGUGUUUUCUCCUACUCCUACAAAUGUGACCGUGAUGUUUCCCACUGGAGCCGGGGUGGAGGUGCGACUUAGAAACCGAACCAUGACAACGACUGUGCUCCUGCCAACGGAGUUCACAAACUCCACUCUGGGGCUGCUGGGAAAGAUGAACGGUGACACCAGCGACGACCUCUCAUUCAGCAAUGGUUCACGCGUGCAGAACUACAGCAAUCCAGAUGAGCUGUUCAGCUUUGGGGCAAGCUGGGCUGUUGAGAACGUGUCUGCCUUGUUCACAUAUGAUUCAGAAUAUCUUCUGGACACAUAUUGCUAUGCUCCCAGACAUGACCCUGAUUUUACCCCGGUGUUUUCUAUCCCCGAGAAUCCAAACGAUCCGUUAGCUAAUGAGACGUCUGAGAUAUGCGUUGGUGAGGGCUCUCAGUUCUGUAGGUAUGAUAUCCUGGUAGGUCGUGACCUAGCAAUGGGAUAUGCAACCAGACUGUCAUACCAGAGUCACAUUGCUCUUGUAGAUGAUCUAAAGCCAGUGAAAUCCUGUGGAUGGCUGCAACCACCAGAUAAUGGAAAGAAGGAGGGGACCACGUAUCUGGAAGGGGCUACGGUGCAGCUUUCCUGCAAUCACGGCUACAUUCUCAAAGGAUCAGCGGAGCGCGUGUGCCAGGGGGAUGGCGAGUGGUCUGGACAAGCCACAUACUGCCAGUUUGAUGUCACAGGAAUUGUGGUCGGUUCAGUCAUCGGAGCUGCCGCGCUGAUUGUAAUCAUUUCAACACUCGUACUCAUCUCCAGGAAAAAGAAAAGAAAAGCUGCAGAGUUAAAAGAUAUGAUGGCUGAGACCUUCUAAACCUCAUUUAUGCUUUGCUGUAACACUGUACA